CUUCUCUGUCGGCAAGUUUAAAUUCUGUUAAUAGGCGCCUCCCCUCCGUCACGUGGGGAAGGAGGAGGCGAGAGCCUUGCGGGGUGUAAUGACGGCGAGGAGAAGAAGGCGGCAGCUGAGGCUAAGGCGACGGAGCCGUGAUUGGAGUCUGGGAAUGCCGCCGCCGCCGGGAGACUUUUAAGGCGGUGGAGACGGUACAGAGGGAGGCUGGCAGCGAUGCUAUGGAACACGACGGUCCGGGAGCGGCUGAGGAGGAUUCCGCGCUGAGCAUUGGCGGCGGCGAGGAGGACGGGCGCCGUUCCGAUGGCUGCGCCGGCGGACCUGACCCAGGAGGCGGUGCUGUGGUUCUUGGCGGAGCGGGGCGGCCGGGCGCGCAACGCGGACCUGUUGGAACAUUUCCGUGGCUUCCUCAACUCGCCAGAGCCCCAACGCCGGGCCCGGGCCCGCGAGCGCUUUAAGGAGCUGGUCAACGCCGUGGCCACCGUGCGCCAGGAGCCUGGCUCCGGGGCCAAGUAUGUGCAGUUGCGCAAGAAAUACCGCGGCGCGGCCGUCGGCGCCAGCAACAGCCCCGGACCCGGCGCGGCGGGCGCGGCCUCUGUUGCUCCUAAGGACGCUUCGGCCACCGCGGAACUGGCCGUGGAGGCUUCACUUCUCCCGCCAAAGUCUCAAGGCGGAGGCGAGGGCAGCAGCCGGGAUGGGGAUGAUGCCCCCGAGACGAGAAUCGUUGCCGAGCCGCUGAAGGAAGGGGACGAGGAGGGGAAGGCAAAGAGGAGCGUCUCUGUCCCCUUGGAGGAGCCUCCGCGUGAGGAAGGUGGAUCCUCAGUCGCCUCGCAGGGGCAGCUUGAGGCGCUCCCGCCCAGUGGCUCUGGGGUGCCUCAGCCGAGCCAAGAGACCCCCGGAAGAGGAGAGGGCAGCAGCCGGGCGGAGGAGGAGGAAGGCAGCGCUCCCCCGUUUCCGGCGCAGGAGGAAGAUGGAGCGGCUAAGGCUGAAGAGGGGGACAACGGGGAAGCCCAGCCUGAGGAGGACUCGUCGCCGUGCUCGCCGCCGUCGGCCAGCGCCGCCGCCUCAGCCACCCUGGGCGGCGUCCCCGCCACCACCAAUACUCCGAGGUGCGGGCGCAAGAACUUCCGCGAGCGGAUGCUGGGGAGCUCUCCUCAGCUGAAGCGCAGCGGCUUACUCCCGCGUGUCGGGAGCGGCGGGAGCCGCGGCGGCGGCGGGGGCGACUCAGACAGCGCCUCGCUGGCCUCCUCUUCAGCCGAGGACGAGAGCGGCAGCGCGGGGAGCGGCUCAGUGGCGUUGGACCCGCUGGAGCACGCGUGGAUGCUGUGCGCCUCGGACGGACGCUGGGAGAGCUUGGAGGGACUGCUGAGUUGCGAGCCGGCGCUGCUUUCCAAGCGCGACUUCAUCACGGGCUUCACUUGCCUGCACUGGGCCGCCAAGCACGGGCGACACGAGCUGCUGGCCCUGCUGGUCAAUUUCGCCCACCGGCAUCGGUUGCCCAUCAACAUCAACGCGCGCACUAGCGGCGGCUACACGGCGCUGCACCUGGCCGCCAUGCACGGUCACCUGGAGGUGGUCAAACUGCUGGUGGGGGCCUACGACGCCGAUGUGGACGUUCGUGAUUACAGCGGCCGCAAGGCCUCGCACUACCUGAGCCGGGGCACCGCCGAGGAGGUGCGCAGCCUCGUCGGGGCCUUACAGGACGACGUGGACAGCGGGGUGCCCAAUGGCGGGGGCCGCUGGAGGCUUUCCAAAGUGCUCCCCUCCAACCUCAUCUCGUACAAGCUCUCCCACCUUCACCACGGGGAUGAAGGGGAGUCGGGAGAUGGGAUGGGAGCCCCCAGCAAGGGCAAAGAACUAAGCAGGAAAACCUCUGGCAGUGGCAGGAUAAAACCCCGGCUCAACAAAAUAAGGUUCCGGACCCAGAUCAUCCACACAACCCCUUCUUUCCGGGGGGAUGCAGAGGAAGAAGGACAAGAAGAAAAGUCCCUGAAAGCCUCUUUCAAACUCAGACCUAAAUCCAAUGUGUUUGGUUAGAAUAAGGAGUAUAGUUUCUCAGAUACCAUUUUCAUUGCCAGAAUGAGGCUGUUUGAAGAUAGUCUACCUGAGGCAAUACAAAACAGACACAGGGCUAAAUAGGAUAAGUAUGUGGGAAAGUGACCAAACUAACUGAUUAUGCUGUUUUAUUUUAAAAUGGAUUAAGUUACCCAUAUAUAUGGUACAGUACUAGGAGCUUCUAUUUCUGGAGAGGUUGUUAUUGGCCCAGUUCUCACUGAAGUGGUAAAAUGUGUUUUGGACUUUAGACUUGUAAAUGGUGGGAGCUUGCAUAAUGAAAUUCUCCUUAAUAUAGUAACGUUCACUGCACAUCGAAAAUGAGCAUGUUAGGGGAAAGGCUAGGCCUUCAUCUUGUUUUCUUUGUAGAAGGAUGCAGCUUUUUGGAUAUGGAAGAGGUUUAUUAUACAAUGAGAAUUGGACCUAUAAGAGCCACACUAGACGUUCUCAGCAAAUGUGUGCUCCUAGACAUAGUCUUUCAGAGAAAAAGGGAUGCAAGUGUGGGCUGGGUAGGCAGGCUAAGAAUCCGAGGAUGAGGUGGGCAGGCAGGGGUCUUUAAGCCCUCCUGCACCUGUCAAUUUUCCCUUGCAAGUGCCUAGAUCCCAAGCUUUUCCCCAGCUAGGUUCAAUUUCAGACUUCAGCUGGAAGGGGAGAUUAAAAAUGGGGGGGGCAAUUGCAAGGGGGAGUAGGUGGGAUUGGGGAAAAGUUCAACUAUUUGGUAUCUUCUUGCAAGAAUCUUCCUUACCCACAUUAGCAUUAUAAGAGAAACAGCAUUGGAGGGCUUAUUUUACCCUCAUAACAUCUAGUUUGGCCCAAAGAGGCAUAUGUAAUACAAUUGUUUCUCCUAAAAUUACAAAAGACAACUAUAGUAUAGGCUGUAUAUAUGACUGAGAGGUACUAAAGUCAGUGGAAGUUGUGACGUUAACUUUAGUGGAAUACUGAUUGCACCUAAACAUUUUCUAAAGGUACACCUUUUAAUACAUUUGAGUUUUGAUUCAUGAACAUGCUUUACCUGUUGAGUAUAAUGCCCUGGAAAUGGAAGUGCUAAUAAUUGACUUGAAUUAGUUGUGAAACAGGACUCUGAUUAGAUGUCUAGUUGAAAUAAAACUGGACAUAAUUUAAUUUGUGAAAUUAAUGUUAAUGAAACAGGUUUCUUGUGAAUGGUUACAACAGAGCAGUGGUUGUGUGUGCACUGUGAGUUUCCUUUUUCCAUUUCUGGGAAGUGGAAGGGUUUUUUUCCAGUUCUUGUCAGUGGGAGGCCUCUGCACACAAGAUUUUGAUACAGAAUCUUAAGGAGUAAUCUUACAUGUUACAUUAUCACCAAACUCAGCUCAGACCCAACAUCUUCUAUUGGGUUAUCUUGAAGAUUAAUGCUAGUGCUUUAAUCAUAAAUUUGUUCAAUGAGGGGUAUGUUUCAUUCACAAGGUGUGAGCAGAAAAUAUCCAGAGAACUAUAAAAAAAACUUUCUGUAUGAUGUUCUUAUUAAAUGGAUCUCUCAGCACUCUGAAUACAAAAUCAGGAGCUAAUAUAAGGCUGCAUGCUCACAGAUACACUUGUAGACACAAUGCCUAGUAUAAGUGUGUGCAUGAAGACCAUUGUGGGGUAAAAUAUGACAGUUCUACAUGAAUUAUGCCUGGGUAUUAGGUAUAGUCACCUGUGCAGACAUAUGUACUUCCAGUACAAUAAGGCAACACUAGAAAAUCUAAAAGCACAUGGAUUAUUUGCUGAAGUCUGUUACAGAGAAUGUUAACGGAAUGCCUUACCAUUUUGUGGUUAAGCAGCAUGGUUUAGCGUUGUCUGAACAGGGCUAGAAUGUCUUAGAAGCUUUCUUUACUUAUAUCUUGCUUGGCAAGUAAGUUGCUUAAUAUUUCCCCUUUUAAAAUAGUGAAUAAAUGUGUGUUAGUAAAUCACAUAUAAACAAAUCUUUAAAAUUUAAAACAAAAUAUUUUCUAUUUUUUGGAAGGAAAAUAUUAGUAUUGUAAGGAAAUACUAAGAGUAAUGUCUGGGAAGAAGUCACUGACAUAACAUUAAAAAGUCUAUUUCAGUCAGCAAUUUCUACAAAACAUGACUGACUUAUGUUAUUAGCACUUUCUCUUCAAAUUAUAAGGAUAUUGAGGCAGGCCCUUAGAUGCUGCUGCUGUGAAUAUAAAACUAAAAUGCUGCCAAAUAAAUGCAAGACUUGCUAAAGCAUGUUUCUCAAUUAGUUUGUCAGAUAUUUUGGAAUAUCAUAGUUUUACACUGAGCUAAAGAAUGCUGUCCUAUAUGGACAUAACACUACUAAUGUUUCUGAAAACAACUUUGGAUGUUACUGUGUUAGACUCCCUAAACUGCAAGGGAGACUUUGCAGGCUCUAAUACUCUGCCUAUGCACUUUUUUUUUUUUUUGCACAUAAUGGUAGAGGUAUGGCAAGGGGACUGCUUGCAUAUCCACUCAAUGUCUAAAAUUUCUCCAAGUUAAGCAGUCAGUAGCUUCAGCUUUAAUUGCUUGUUAAAUCACCAUAGACGGUAAAUCCAAGCGAUGCAUAUGGUACUAACUUAUGGGAAGAUGGGAAAUGGUUUGUUAAGCUUUCUUUACACUCUGCCAAAAUCAUGGUGAUGAGUCUGACGAAAGUUGUAAAGUCAGACUGCAUACACAAACAUAUAAUGUCUAAAAUCUUUGUUGGAAGAAACUGAAUCAUAAAGAACUGCUUAUUAUCAAAUCGGUCACACUUAUUUGGUGCUUCUUUAUCCACACAAGCUAGAACAGAUGCAAAGGCGGUCCUAAUUUUAAUUUAUAAGCUAUAAUUACAUGUGCCUUCUGUUAAACAUUGCAACCUACAAGAAAAGGAGUGUAUUGAGUACUUCUGCUCACAUUUCAAUGGGAUGUAGGCCAGUGGUGUCUCCAUCUUUCUGCCAACAUGUAAUUUAUUGUAGCAAAGUAAAAGUUCCAAAGUGUCACUGCACUACAGCACUAGAUGUUUAACCUUCUUGUAGCAAAGAAUAUAGAAACUGACAAUUCUGCGGUGCAGAAUACGUCUCAAAUAGAAUAUCUUUACAGAUUUCUUUAAACCUGAAUAUUGUUAAUUUUCCUGUGUGAUCUGUAAGAGGGGUAUGUUCUACACCAUUCUAUUUUUUAAAUGUUGGCUGUCUACCAUAUUUACAGUACUGGUAUAGCUGACACAAGGUUGUAUUUUUAUAGGUAUUGUCUGUGUAAAUGUUGAUAUAAGAGUUAAGUCUAAAAGUUUGUAUAUGCUGUUAGUCUGUCUUUGUUAAUCACAGAGAAAAUAUUUUGAACUUUAGAUUGUUUGAACUGUGGAUGCUUGUUUUAAUUAUAGCAAUUUCAACAACUUCGUUCACUAGCUAAGGGCUCUGUCAUAACUAGGGACACAAGUAUUGGUUGAUAGUAUAUGACACUGCAUCACAGUGUAUAAUUCCAAAAGCUUACUAGUAAAAUCAGUAAGUGUAACAAUUUGAUUCUCAACACUAACUUAAUACAAGGAAGGAGGGUCGUAUGCAUGUACAGUGUGUGUACAUGACAAAUAAGAAAUUAUAGGUGGUGGAUGAAAAUAAAGAUCCAUUCUAAUUUGGUAGUAUGUUCCACAGAAGUAAGUCUGAAGAAGUCAGUUGCACAUUUGAUAUAAAGGAACAAUAGCAAUGUUCUGUUUUAGCCAUGUUGUAUAUUUACAAAUAACUAGAAUAUACUUCCCCCUAAUAAGAAAAUUUGUUUUGCCCACUGAUUUUCAUUCCCUGUAGUCACUAUCUUUUUAAAAAGUGAGGGUUUUCAUAUCAAAAGCUUCUCUUGAAAACUUAUUUUGUAUUAGUACUUGUGACUUAACUGGUACACUUCAAUGUGGGUAAUGAUGUACACAACAUGUGGCUUGGUAUGAUGUGGUACAAAACUUGAGCACUUGGGUUUCUAUUAAGGUUAGACACAUUUAGCUAUCCCCUCCUGAAGAGGUACAAAAUGAGAUUAAAGCUGCAGUGAUAUACUCACUAAGGAGCAAGUUCCACUGAAACCAACCAAGUUUCUUACUUCUACAUAAACCUACAUGGGACUAAGUUGUAUUGUUUGUUACCUUAUAAUUUAAUUGGGUAUAGCUGUCCAAGGUUGUAUUGACAAAAACAGAUUUUAAUAUGUGCCUGAAUGAAUGGUUGAGUGAAGUGGAGAAUGACUGAAAAACAUAUCUCUCUUAAUGAAAUAAAGUGUCAUAGUUCUCUUUA